UGGAAGUGUUCAUGACCUCCGAUCAGUCAUUAUUUUCGUUAACAGACAACAGUACACAACCCAAGGACAAAUAUACAAUCCUGUUGGACGGUUACACUACUCAGAAGAUAGCUGUGAUGGUGAACAACUCGGAAUUUAUUCUGUCUUUAUGUGAGGUUGAAGUCUAUGGAG